AUGGGUAUCUAUCAAAUCCCUGGAGAAUCUCCUCCCUACAAUUCGGACGAGGAUGAAGACUACGAUCCUGGUGUGGAUGGUGGCAAUGACUGGAAAGGAGAGGUACGUGUUGGCGAUGAGUACCAGGCUUAUGUGCCGCCCACUACCUUAACCGAUUCGCUUUCGGCCGCAACCGCUGCAACCAACUCACCGUUGUGCCCACUUCUGCCUGCUAUUGGUAUUUGUACCAGCGGUAGCGCUCAUAUUUUCUCUUCGUCAUCCUCCGUUGCCUCUGAAUCCUAUGCGGCUUCUGCUUCCGGCAUUCCAACCAUUCGAGAAUCGACUAAGCCACUCUCCGGACCCACUCCGAUUUCCCUAUCUGUGUCCAUUCCUUCCUUCCUUCCGACGGGUGGCCACCCCUCGACUCUGACAUCGCUGCCUCCAUCGCCGACGACUGACUCGAUCGACAGUCGUUUAGCUGAGCUGGCUGCUCUGCUUUGGAAACCCGGUUGUCUACCUGAGUCAUCUAUUGUCCAUUACCAACGUUGCUAUGCCAAGACUGCCGCUGGUGCUGUUGGUCUAGCGGGACACCAUCAGGCACCGGAAACUCUCGGCUAUGGCCUUCUCUCCUCCUGCGGAGUAUUUCCUACGGACAGAACUGUAGACGAUGAAGAGGUAUAA